AGCGUGCCGGGCGAGCCCUGAGACUUGCCUUGCAAUGCCAUGUUUGUGUAUGUGCUCUGACUCCCGGAGAGCAAUCAGGGAGACGGCUCCCCGGCCGGACUUGGCUGAUGUUUUCUUGUUUCUGUUUCAGCCUUCAGGAUAAUUCCUUCAACAGCACCGUUGUAACAGAGUGUGAGGAAGACACCAUCUCUUUACAUGAAGACCAGACUGAUUGCACCAGUCUCAGAGAUGAGAACAAUAAAGAGAACUACCCCGACACUGCCCUCACGCUCCUAGAGGAGCAGACGCCAUCCCGCGAGGCGCCGCAGCACGUGGAGCACCCAGUUCUGGUGGACAGCGUGUUGCGACCCAGCAUGGGUAACUUCAAGUCCAGGAAACCCAAGUCCGUCUUCAAAGUUGAGAACGGGCGGAGCCACGUAGAAACUCAGGAGACAGAGCAUGUGGUACCCAGCCAGUCAGAAUGUCAGGGAGUAAUGCCAGCUCAUGAAAGUCCACAGAACAACACCUUCAGGUGCCAAGAAACAGUUCGACUUCAACCAAGAGUAGACCAGAGGGCUGUCAUUUGGCCAAAGGAUGCUUUUGAAACUCAGCAAGACUUAAAUGAGGAAGAAGCGGCUCAGGCGCAUGGAGUCAAGGACCCAGCCCCAGUGACGACCCAGAGCGUGCCUGCUGAUGGGCCGGAUUCUGCAGACUCCACGCCAGUCCACAAAGAUGGGCAGAAUGAAGCUGACAGUGCCCCAGAAGACCUCCAGUCUGUCGGGACCAGCAGGCUGCUCUAUCACAUCACUGAUGGUGACAACCCGCUGUUGUCACCGCGAUGCUCUAUCUUCAGCCAAAGCCAGAGGUUCAACUUAGACCCUGAGUCAGCCCCUUCUCCACCCAGCACUCAACAGUUUAUGAUGCCCCGAAGUUCUUCACGGUGCAGCUGUGGUGAUGGCAAGGAGCCACAGACCAUUACCCAACUCACCAAACACAUCCAGAGCCUAAAGCGAAAAAUUCGGAAAUUCGAAGAAAAAUUUGAACAAGAAAAGAAGUAUCGGCCCUCACAUGGUGACAAGACUUCUAAUCCUGAAGUCCUGAAAUGGAUGAAUGAUUUGGCUAAAGGUCGUAAACAGCUCAAAGAACUGAAGCUGAAGCUGUCAGAAGAACAAGGAAGAGUUCCCAAAGGUCUACCUAGAAACUUGUCCUGCGAGCAACCCACAAUUCCCAGGGAGAAUAGAAAGCCGGAAGCUGCAGGUCCUGAGCCAAGCUCUUCUGGAGAAGAGACUGCAGAUGCUAUGCUGACAUCACUGAAGGAAAAGAGAGAGCAACUUCCUCCCCAGGAAGAUUCUAAGGUAACUAAGCAAGACAAGAACCUCAUAAAGCCUCUUUAUGACCGAUACAGAAUUAUCAAGCAAAUUUUGUCAACACCUUCCCUUAUUCCAACAAUUCAGGAGGAAGAGGACUCUGAUGAAGACUAUCCACAGGGAAGCCAACAACCUUCUUUGCCAGAUUCAGCAACUCAUCUUCCCAUUGGUGACCACCUCACCUACUCCAAUGACAUUGAGCCCGUUAUGACCCUGCUACCAGAUGAAAAGAAAGAAGUAAAACAACCAGCUCUCUCCAUGUCCAAUUUACAUGAGGCCACCAUGCCUGUACUUCUUGAUCAUCUCCGAGAAACUAGGGCUGACAAGAAGAGACUGCGGAAAGCCUUAAGAGAAUUUGAAGAACAAUUUUUUAAACAAACAGGAAGAAGUCCACAAAAAGAAGACAGAAUACCAAUGGCAGAUGAAUAUUAUGAAUACAAGCACAUUAAAGCCAAACUGAGACUAUUAGAAGUCCUCAUCAGCAAGCAAGAUGUGGCUAAAACUAUUUGAGAGUCAUAAAAUGUUUAUGAUCACCCUCACCCAAGAUAAAGUCAAGUUUAUUUUUCUCUGCUAUUCUUGCUAAGUAGUUUUGACAUACUGAAAAUGGAAGCACUUUAGUGGUAGUAUUAGCUGUUUUAGAGAA